AUGUCGUGGCUCCUAGUCGUCGCGGUGCUUGCGGGCUUCGCGCUUGGUCCCUCCGCCGGCACGGACCACAUCGUUGGCGCCAACCAUGGGUGGAACCCCAACAUCAACUACUCCCUCUGGUCCGGCAACCAGACCUUCUACGUCGGCGACCUCAUCUCGUUCAGGUACCAGAAGGGGACGCACAACGUGUUCGAGGUGAACGAGACGGGGUACGACAACUGCACCAUGGCCGGGGUCGCCGGCAACUGGACCUCCGGCAAGGACUUCAUCCCGCUCCCCGAGGCCCGCCGCUAUUACUUCAUCUGCGGCAACGGCUUCUGCCUGCAAGGCAUGAAGGUCGCCAUCACCGUCCACCCGCUCCCGCACAACGCCACCUCCAAGGGCUCCAACAGCCGUGGGAGCACCGGCGCACAGGAAGAAGAGGCCGCGGCGGCGGCGCUUGGGACCAGGAGCGCCGCGUGGCUGGCGACGCUCGCAGUCGCCGCAGCUGCAGUGGUGGCUUUCCGCUAG